AUGUCAUCACAGCGACGAAUUCCGGCGAAUGUCGUUAAGUUUGAAGCUAGGUGGUGGUCUUUUUGGGAACCCACUCAUCGUCUUCGUUUCGCUUCAAAGAUCCGAGCUUGUUUCGGGUACGGAGCCGAUGGCGGUAAUGGCGCCGUGUUUGAUUUUGGAAAGGACGGGUUGACAUCGAUGCGGGUCAAUCCUGGGCUCUCAGCGUACGCAGAGGAUCCAGAAUCGGCAGGCGGGUCAUUGAGGGAGCUCCUGGAGUUUGGGAAGGGGAGGGUUCCGAAAGAUCUCUGGGCGGAAAUGGAGAUUAGGCUUAUGGCUAGGGCGGGGCUCCGAUUGCUUGAUUUGGGUGUUCAGAAUCAGAUUCUGAAUUCUUGUAGGAAGGUGCUUCGGAGUUCCAGGUUUAAGUUUCGUGACGAGUGGGCUUCCGUCAUUACAGGCACUUGUACUCAAUUUGGCAUGACUUUCCCCAUCUGUUCAAAUGCCCAAUCAGUGUGGCUUUCCUCAGAUGAGCUUGAAAAUAUACUCACUAAAAAAUUUCUUAGAUUUUUGUCGAUGAGAGCAGAAGCAUUUCAGGUGUUGAGGAGAAAGCCAGUGCAGUUUUUUAGUACGGUAUAUGCCGAGGAGGAGGUGGAGUAUGGCUUAAGGAAUAUGACUGAUAGUGUCAGGGACACCUUGGCGGCAAUGCGGUCUUCCCCCAAGUUUGUGCUGUGGCAGUCUCCGUUUUAUGAUGUGAAGAGCUUGAAGGGUAUUCCAGAUUCAUACGAUGAAUUUACCAAACUUAGAUUGCCAGUAACUUUGCCACUGUCUUCCGCAACAUUAACUGGUCGAAACAUGGAAGUGGAUUGGGGUCCCAUCCCCACAUUUAAUGAUUUGAAACAAUUUAUCAAAGAAAAUCCAUGCAAAAUGGAAGAGAGUUGGAAUUCAAUGAAAGAGAUGUGCGCUGAAAUGAUUUUGAUGAAGGAAAUUUUGAAGCCUGGGCAAAGAAAUCUAAACAAUUCGAGUUCUAGACAUGUCCAGGUCCCAUCAAAGAAGCGCGAGAAUUCUAUGUUUGUCACUACAAAGGGAAAUUCUCUGGGAGGGGGGACGAGUAAAGCAUUGAAAGCUUUGGGUGCAUACUUGAGAUAUUUGGAGGGAACAGAACGUGAUCACUACUGGUGGGAAAUACAUGAACAGAUGCCCUGUGCUGAAAGUCGGGAUGGAGCUUCAUUUACUACUCUUUGGUCCUGCCUUUUUUCUUUUAUCCUAUCCAGAAGAAGAGUAUAUUUUGAAGCUCUCAAGUAUAAGAAAGAACGAGAUUCUGGAUUUCUAUCUCCUUUUGGAUAUUCAUCCGCUACAAUUGCCGCAACUGUUGAUUCGGUGUGCUCAAUGGAGUGGUAUUUGCUUCUCGCUCUAAAAAGUCAGUUAAGUGAUGACAGAAGAUUUUGUAUUCGUAUCUGGAGAUGGAAAGGCUAUCUAAUUCAGUAUACAGUUGUGGGUGAAGAAGGUCCUGCUACUCUUCUGGUUCAUGGUUUUGGAGCCUUCUUGGAGCAUUACCGUGACAACAUACGCGCCAUUGCUGAAGGUGGAAAUCGAGUAUGGGCCAUCACACUAUUAGGAUUUGGCAAAUCGGAAAAGCCAAAUAUUGAAUACACUGAACUCAUGUGGGCUGAAAUGCUUAGAGAUUUCAUUAUUGAAGUUGUGGGUGAACCAGCACAUCUGGUUGGGAACUCAAUUGGUGGUUAUAUUAUUGCAAUUGUCGCUCGUCUCUGGCCUGCUUUGGUCAAAUCUGUGGUUCUUAUCAACAGUGGUGGGAAUGUUAUUCCAGGAUAUUCCUCUGUGUUGUUCGCCAAAGAGAGAAGAACUUCGGGUGCCUCAUGGCUAGGUGCUAAAUUCCUUUUGUUCUGCUUAAGGUUGACACUCAAGGACAUAGUGAAGAAUUGCUACCCAUCUGUAAGUAUCGGUACUGUCUUUUUUUCGAAUAUGGUUCACUUUCGUAGUUUUCGUUUGUGCGUUUUACUACCUUUUCUCUGCAGAAAACAGAGCGAGUCGACAAUUGGCUUAUUGAUGAAAUGCUAA